UGGCCGGAAGUCCUUUGAAUAGUCGCAGUGUGUCGUUGGCGGAUAGAUUGCAUCAACAAUGGCAGCUCCCAGUAGGAAGCAGACUUUAAGGUUUCUCAGCCAGUUGGGAGCAUUUAUUUUGACCCGGUUUGGGUUUUGGAACUGCUUCACCAUGUUGAUGUUGUUUGCUGAACGAGCGGACUCAAAAAGGAAGCCAGACAUCCCUGUCCCCUACCUGUACGUGGACAUGGGGGCUGCGGUGCUGUGUGCCAGCUUCAUGUCCUUCGGGGUGAAGAGGAGGUGGUUUGCAGUGGGCGCCGCCAUACAACUGGCCGUCAGCACGUACGCAUCGUAUGUUGGAGAACAAGUGCACUACGGGGACUGGCUUAAGGUGAGUUAGCUUCUGUGGUUUAGAGUCACAAAGCUAAUGUGCA